UUAAUGGCUUAUUUUUGAUUCAAAACCCCUAAUUUGACAAAAUCAAUCCUCUUUGAGUGACAAACCCUAGUUAAGUCUCUCGAGGCCAAUCCCCAUGAGUCGAUUUCUUCAGAGAUUACCCAGUCUAUUGGCUCGAACUCGAAGUUUCCUUCACUCACCUGUUGUCAAUCUUCGCCAUUCUCGUCUUGUUGUUGUUCCUCUCUUCGACCGAGAUGUUUCCCGUCCCGUCUUCUUCUCUUCCGACUCCGACUCCGCUCCUGGUUUCAAUACCGACAAGGUUCUUUCUAAAGAAGAGCUGAAAAAUAGAAUUCAAAAGAUUUUGGAUGAUGGAGAUGAGGAUUCAAUUCCCGAUUUAUUUGAGUUAAUGAUGAUUAGGAAGUUAUCAGGUAAUCACGAUGAUAGUGACGAUGAGGUCAUGGAGGAGGUGGUGCGUAAGCAUCCAGUUAACGAUGCCCAUGACACUCACUCUGAUUCUGAUAUCGAAAGUGAUGAUGAUGACCUGAGAGAUGGUGAUGAUGAUUCGUCUGACUCAGAUAUCGAAAGUGAUGAUGACCUGAGAGAUGGUGGUGAUUCAUCUGAUUCCGAUAUUGAGUUUGAUGGCCUGAGAGAUGUUGUUGACUUGUCUAAUGUCAAUAUCAACAUUAAUGGUCUGAAAGAUGUUCGCUUGUCUGAUGAUGUCAAUAUCAAGUUUGAUGGUCUGAAAGAUGUUGGCUUGUCUGAUGAUGUCGAUAUCAAGAUUGAUGGUCUGAAAGAUGUUAGCUUGUCUGAUGAUGUCAAUAUCAAGAUUGAUGAUGGCCAGAAAGCUAAUAACUUGUCUAAUUCUGACUCUCUCAAAGUGACUUAACGUUGAUGACUUGCACUACAUCGAAGAUUUUGAAGGAAGCAACUACAAAGUGAAUGGAAACAGUACAGCUUUUGGUGCAAGUUGGCUGUAAGUUCUGACUUUCGAAUAUAAACUUGAAAUUAGAGUCAUAUUGUGUGCUUUCUUUGUACUAGUAGUACAUUAUAUUAUACAAUACUAGUAAUGAAUUAGAAUAUAAUUAUGAAAGUGUUUUAUUUU